GUUUCAAAGUGAAACAAGUGGGCUGCUACGUAUUGUGUCUGCGAGCUCAGGAACAGUCCUUAAACUUGGUCCGGCAUUGCUGCCAGAAGGCCGGCGCUGUUCUUAGGCCAGGCAUUGUAAGAUGCUACCCGCCAUGCAGCACCGUAUGGGCCGAGUGGCCGGCCCCGCGCGGGGUCUUGGCAACGCCCCUGCGCUUCGGCGCAUCGUUCCAGGCCAGAUGAACGGCCUGCGCGCCCGCAACUUGGUGGUGGUGCGUGAGGCUGCUGCCACCGACCUGGUGGAGGCCAAGCAGAAGGACGCCAACGGCAAGUCUUCGGUGGACGUGGACUCCACCGUCGUCCCCAACGCGCACCUCAGGAACGGCACCGUCGUCUACGACGCCCGCACCAACGGCAACGGCAACGGCGCCGCUCACGCCGCCAGCAAUGGUAACGGUAACGGCAACGGCGCCAAGCUGCCCAGCCCGCCGCCCGUGCUCCCCAGCAAGCCGGUGGCCGUGCCGGCCGCGCCCGCCGCGGCCGCGGAGGCGCCGGCCGCGGUGGCGCCGCCCAGGCCUGCCGCCACCGUCAACGGCUCGGCGGCUCGGGCGGCCGGCUCGGCGCUGAGCACCCAGUCUCUGGACAACGCCAUGGACGCCCAGGCGGCCGGCCAGAUUGAGACGGUGGCGGCGACGGGUGCGGCGAAGAAGCCGACCAGCGCGGCUGGCACGCCGUACGCCAACCCCGGCGGCCGCUGGAGCCAGUUCAAGACCUACUCCACAUUCCAGCGCACGUACGAGAUCUGGAGCUUCGCCUUCCAGUUCGCGUGGCGCUACGCGCUGCUGGGCCAGAAGUGGAGCUACGGCAAGGCGGGCAUGACGCCGGAGGCGGUGUCGGCGCGCAAGAAGGAGCUGGCGGUGUGGCUGCGUGAGGGGCUGGUCAAGCUGGGGCCCACCUUCAUCAAGAUCGGCCAGCAGUUCUCCACGCGUGUGGAUGUGCUGUCGCCUGAGUUUGUCAAGGAGCUGGAGAAGCUGCAGGACAACGUGCCGCCGUUUGACCGGGAGGCUGCCCGUGCCAAACUGGAGGCCAGCCUGGGCAAGAAGGUGGAGGAGGUGUUUGACGAGUUUGAGAGCGAGCCCAUCGCGGCCGCCUCGCUGGGCCAGGUCCACCUUGCCAAGCUGCGCGGCGGCCAGCGCGUGGUGGUCAAGGUGCAGCGGCCCGGGCUGAAGGACCUAUUCGACAUCGACCUCAAGAACAUCCGCGCCCUGGCGGUGUGGCUGCAGAAAGUGGACCCCAAGACGGACGGCGCGGCUCGCGACUGGGUGGCCAUCUACGACGAGUGCAGCCGCAUCCUGUACCAGGAGAUUGACUACAGGCUGGAGGGCAAGAACGCGGACCGCUUCCGUGAGAACUUUGCCGGCCAGGACUGGGUCAAGGUGCCGGCCGUGUACUGGGAGUACAGCGGCAGCGAGGUGCUGGUGCUCGAGUACUGCCCGGGCGUCAAGAUCAACGACGCCGCCAAGAUCGACGCCCUGGGUCUGGACCGCCAGAAGCUGGCGCGGCUGAGUGUGGAGUCGUACCUGCAGCAGAUCCUGCGGCACGGCUUCUUCCACGCCGACCCCCACCCCGGUAACGUGGCUGUGGACGCGGAGGGCGGCGGCCGCCUCAUCUACUACGACUUCGGCAUGAUGGGCUCGCUGGCGCCCGAGGUCAAGGGAGGGCUGCUGGAGCUGUUCUACGGUGUGUACAACCGCGACCCCGACCGCUGCCUGGAGGCGCUGACGGCCAUGGGCGUGUACGUGCCCAGCGGCGACAAGACCGCCGUGCGCCGCACCGCCGAGUUCUUCCUCAAGGGCUUCCAGGACCGCCUGGCCACUCAGCGGGCGGAGCGGGAGGUUAAGGGCGACGACUACAGCAAGUCCUUCAAGCCGCAGCGCUCCAAGGACGAGGCCAAGGAGCGCCGGAAACAGAUCCUGUCCUCCAUCGGUGAGGACCUGCUGCUCGCCGCCAACGACCAGCCCUUCCGCUUCCCCGCCACCUUCACCUUUGUGGUCCGCUCCUUCACUGUGCUGGACGGCAUCGGCAAGUCGCUGGACCCGCGAUUUGACAUCAGCGAGAUCGCGGCGCCCUACGCGCGCGAGCUGCUGCUGGAGGGCAACCCCGUGGGGGCCAAGUUCCAAAAGGAGUUCGCCAAGGGGCUGCAGCAGCAGAACCGCGCGCUGAAGAACCUGUUUGUGGGCCCCAACAAGAUCGAGGACAUCGCGCUCACCAUGCAGCGGCUGGAGCGGGGCGACCUCAAGCUGCGUGUGCGCGCGCUGGAGGCAGAGCGCGCCCUCACGCGCGUACAGGCCUGGCAGCGUGUGAUUGCCGCCGCGCUGGCCGCCUCCACGCUGGUCAACAUCGGCACCGUGCUGUCGGUGUCGGCGCUGACGGCCGGCGCCACCGCCUCCUUCGCGGGUGCGGCGCUGUUUGGCUUCAUGCUGCUCAAGAACUGGCUGACGGUGGUGAAGCUGGAGAAGAAGGAGCUGCAGCUCAGCGGACAGGUGGCGUAAGAGCGGCGGCAGCUGGAGAGGGAAAGGAGAGGAGGGGAGGAGGAGAGCAGAGUGCGGCUGUGUGUUGGUGCCUGUGUGGGUACCUGUGUACCAGAGUGUGUAUUUGUCGUGAAAUGAUAAUGCGGUGGAGUGUGGAGAGGAGCAUGGGCGUGGGCAUUUUGAGGGAUCACUACGACAGACAGAGCAAGAGCUGAGAACACAAGAGUCGGCAAGGUUUGGCACUGCCGUUUGUUUGGGGAGGCGGGUGGUGACCGGCCUGCAGUGAGGUCAAGUCUAGCGAGCGGCUUGGGCAAACUGUGUGUAUGUGUGUGGCGAAGUGGGCUUGCCAGCGAACUACAAGCAAGGCAACCUCAGCGCAGUCAACACGUGCAUACGGUUCAUAUCGGUGUGGCGCGGUCAAGGAAAUUGCCGCAAUGCGAAGGAGGAAGCGGUCACGGACGGAUCAGGAGAGUGCGAAGCGAUGCGCAUGGAGAAGCACGAGGGGAGAGGUGAAGGGCGUGCGUAGGUUGGCAGAGCUACGGCAUGUGUCGUGUGUUGCGACUGUGAAUGGUGCAGCCACGGUCGCAGCCGUGAGGAAAGCUCUGGGCCUACGAGAGACAAACAGCGGAGGUGCGCGUGCGUGUGUGUGUCUGCAAUGUCGUCGACCGUAUUAUGUUCACCAAGUAGAGGUUGGGUUUUGUUCGUAGAAGCAUUUGUCCCCUGCAUUUGUCUAGCUGGGGAAGUGGGGCGGCACGGUCAGCGGCAGCUGCCGCGCACUCGUGCGGCGCACCCCGCCCCCAUGCCGCCUUGCCCCAGUCGAGGCUGAUGCUCCUGGUUGUUGUUUGCUUUGCUGACUGAUGACUUGGCGUGCCGUGUUCCCGAAUGUGGCUCUCGCUUGACUUUGUUUCUGCGUGGACUGCCUGUCUUUGGAUUCCGCAGCUCUCUAGAGAAGCCUAGCGCGUGUGUUUGCGUAUGAUAUCAAGUAUUUUUUGGAGGGCGCUGUCAGGGAGACUUAGAAUGGUUGGGAGGCUGCAGAGCCCCGGUCGCAAAGGCUGCAGCGUCGGGCACGCCGCGCAUGUGCGCGUGGCGCUGGUAGCAUGCUAUGAGGGCUGGCUGGCACGCAAGCAGCUGCUGUUGGGCGAGAGCUCAAGGGCAGCGGGCCCUGGAAAAAACAAAAAACUUGCUGUAAAUGCUUUGGGCG